UAGCGGAGACUUGAUCUCAGGAAGGAAAAAAAAAGGAUAAAAAGCGGAGACUUGGAUAAUUUUGUUUUGAUUUUUGAUUUGGGGGCGUGCGUGUGACGAUUAACUGGUUCCAUAGGCGACGGAUAGGAGCUCCGUGAUGGCACUAGGCCGUGACCACGCAGGCAGCUCCGUGAUGGAAACGGAAACUACUACUAGAGGAGGCCGGGCCCAGCUCCUAGCGAAGAUGAAUAUGGAAACGAGUACGACCCCGAGUCCACCCAAGGCAGCGCCUCACCGGCACCAAUAAAUCCCCCGGGUUCCCACCCUAGCCUGCCCAACACGUACGCAAAGAAGCUAGCUCCUGUGUCUUCCGCCGCCGCGUCUUUUGGCUACUAAUAACUAGGGUUUCGUUUCGCCUCACAAUACUCCGAUCGGUCGAUGGCGGCCGAGGAAGGCGAGAAGAAGAUGAUCACGCUCAAGAGCUCGGACGGUGAGGAGUUUCAGGUCGAGGAGGCGGUCGCCAUGGAGUCGCAGACCAUCCGCCACAUGAUCGAGGACGACUGCGCCGACAACGGCAUCCCGCUCCCCAACGUCGACUCCAAGAUCCUCUCCAAGAUCAUCGAGUACUGCAAGAAGCACGUCCAGGCCAACGCCAGCUCCUCCACCUCUACUGCAGCCGCCGCCCCCGCCGAGGACCUCAAGAGCUUUGACGCCGACUUCGUUAAGGUCGACCAGGCCACCCUCUUCGACCUCAUCCUGGCCGCAAACUACCUCAACAUCAAGGGAUUGCUCGACCUUACUUGCCAGACUGUUGCCGACAUGAUCAAGGGAAAGACUCCCGAGGAGAUCCGCAAGACUUUCAACAUCAAGAAUGACUUCACACCCGAGGAGGAGGCCGAGAUCCGCAGGGAGAACCAGUGGGCUUUUGAGUAG